CUUGUAGGGUUUAAGUUCUGCCAUCGCAGAUUUGUUUCCUUGUGCAGAGCACCGUUAUUGUGUUCGCCACAUACACGAAAAUAUGAGGUCACGUUGGAGAGGGGAUAAGUUUAAAGAACUGCUUUGGAAUUGUUCAACAACAUAUACUGUGCAAGAGUUUGAAAAAGAAAUGGAAGAAGUUAGAAAAUUAAACCAAGAAUGUUAUGAGUGGCUUAAACAAAUACCACCUCAACAUUGGGCACGUUCUCAUUUUACAGGGAGAGCACAUUCUGAUAUUGUGAUAAACAACAUAUGCGAGUGCUUUAAUAGCAAAAUAAUAGACGGACGUGACACACCAAUUAUCAAUUGCUUAGAGUUCAUCCGGGAGUACAUCAUGAAGAGGAUUGUGAAUGUUGAAAAAGAAAUUGACAAAGCAACAGGCCCUUUGACUCCAACAGCUACCAAGCUAUUGCAAAAGAUCAAAGAUCAGGCAGAGGAGUAUACAGCAUCAUUUUGUGGAAAUGGGAAGUACCAAGUGAGUGGACCUUGGCAAGAUCAGUGUGUAGUGAAUGUGAAUCAACGAACGUGUUCAUGCAAGAAGUGGGAAAUAACUGGAAUGCCAUGCAAACAUGCUGUAUCUGCAAUCUGGGACAUGAGGAGAAAUAAUGGUGCAAUUGGUAUUCCAGAAACCUUUGUUCAUGAAUGUUAUUGGCUAUCAACCUGGAGGAACAUGUACUCUUUCAAAGUGGAUCCGAUAAAUGGUAGAAGAUUGUGGAUUAAGUCACCUUGUCCAACUACUUUGUUGCCUCCAAAACACCAUGUCCCAAUAGGAAGACCAAAAAAGAAACGAAGGAAGUCAACUACAGAAAAAGAGAAUAUGAUCAAAGGGAAUACAGUUUCUAGAGCACAAAAAACUGUUACAUGUACCAAAUGUAACAACAAAGGACACAAUGCCAGGACUUGCAAAGGGCAGUUACCAACUGUUGGGAAGAAGGGAAAAAGGAAGAAUGAGAAAGGAAAAGAGAAGGAUAAAGGAAAAGAGAAUGAGAAAGGAAAACAGAAGAAGAAAGGAAAAGAGAAGGAUCCAUUGUAA